UGAUGACUAAUGACUAAUGAUCGUUCGUUGGUUGUUGUUUCCAAUUCCACACCCUCUGUGAGUUUGUGUAUUAAUUAAGCCAAGGAAAGGAACGGAACGGAACCAGAGUCACCGAGUUGUUCCUUUUCGAAACUUGAAUGAAUGGCGACGAGAAAUCGAACUUUAGAGUUCAGGAAGCACAGAGACGCCGUGAAGAGCGUACGUGCUCCUCUGUCUUCGUCAGCAUCUGCUUCCGGCGGUGGUCCUGUCAUUGAAAUGGUUAGCACUUCGCUUCUUCGUUCCAAUCGAUCUUCCUAUACCCCUCUAAGCACCGAGGAUCCAGGUCCAGCAACCUCAAGGGAUGCAUUUACUGUGGGCUUGCCUCCUUCUUGGGUGGAUGAUUCCGAAGAAAUAGCUACGAAUAUACAACGUGCUCGAGUUAAAAUUGCUGAGUUAAUAAAAGCUCAUUCAAAGGCUUUAAUGCCCUCCUUUGGUGAUGGCAAAGAUGAUCAGCGUCAGAUUGAGACUCUCACCCAGGAAAUUACAGCUCUCCUCAGAAAGUCUGAAAUGAGGCUAAAAAAACUUUCCACUGAUAGUGGAUCUUCUGAGGAUUCUAAUGUCAAAAAAAAUGUGCAGCGUUCCCUUGCUACAGACCUUCAGAACCUAUCUAUGGACCUCCGGCGAAAGCAGUCGGCAUAUUUGAAACGUUUGCAGCAGCAAAAAGAGGUUGGUUAUGAUGGGGUUGACUUGGAGAUGAACUUUAACGGGAAUAAAUUUGGUUUGCAGGAUGAUGGAUUCAGUGAUGUGGGUUUUAGUGAACAACAAAUGUCAAAGCUAAAGAAAAGUGAGCAGUUAUCAGAGGAAAGGGAAAGAGAGAUUGAACAGGUCAUGAAAUCGGUAAACGAACUUGCUCAGAUCAUGAAGGAUCUUUCUGUCCUUGUGAUAGACCAGGGAACAAUUGUGGAUAGAAUUGACUACAACAUUCAGAGUGUUGCUACAUCGGUUGAGGAGGGUUUUAAGCAGUUACAAAAGGCUGAGAGAACGCAGAAACAAGGAGGGGUGAUUACGUGUGCAACAGUGCUUGUUAUAAUGUGCUUUAUCAUGAUAGUUCUCUUGAUAUUGAAGGAGAUACUCUUUUAGUCAUAUUAAUGACCGCUUUACCGUCUGUCACUUUCCUCGUGUCAAUAUGAAUCAAAUCACAUUGUUUGAAGACUGUAUCAUCGGCACUGUGAUAGUGCACUUCAGGUAUGAGAACUUGUUUUAUAGAAGGGGAUCAGCUCCUUCUUGAGUGGCAAUGGGAGAUAGCAAAGUACAGUAUUGCUUCGUGCAAUUAUAUACAGAUAAAUAGUUUGUUGUAGGUGCUUGAGAUUUGGAAAGAAAAUUUGUGCACUAUUUAGUUUUAACAAAUCAUGUAAAGACUGAUUUUCAGCAAAUUCAAAACUUAAAAAAGAAAAGAAAAAAGAGAGAGAGUUGUGUUAGACACAAUUUAGUCAUAUUCAAAGAUAGAUCUUGGAUAAGACAAAAUGGUAGGGGAAAUUAUAUACAUCCAAGGGCCAUCAAAAUGUUAAUUUUUUUUUUUUUUGGACAUUACAGGGAAUAGAACCGCACACCUAAUACACCUUAAACACACCCAACACCACUAGGCUGUCCCUUGAUGGUACAAAAAAUGUUAAUUUA